AUGGCCGCCCCAGCCUGGUCCGCCAUGCGCCAACCCCUUCCCCUCCUCCUCCAAACCUUCCAAGGCCUUUCAGCCCAAAACGAAGACUUCUGGUUCCCCGCCUGCGCCUUCUUUACCCGCGAAUCUUACCCAGCAAAUACAAUUAUUUAUCACGAAGGCGACAUCCCCGGUGCCUUCUACCUCCUCGAAUCAGGCAUGCUACGCUGCGAAUACGAUCUUCCACAGGGCCGCUACUUCGAGCUUGUCGUCGCUGGUCGACCCUGUGGAGAGCUGCCGUUCUUCAGUGAUACACGUCGAACGGCGACGGUGAAAGCUGAACACGGUUGCGUUGCGUGGUGUCUCACUGCCGAGAAGUGGAAGGAGCUCCAAGAGCAGCAUCCCCGGAUUGCGAGGGAGUUGUUGACUGUUAGUUUGAAGUUGACGACUGAGCGGAUGGAUUGUAUCACUUCAUAUGUACUCACGAUGGCUGCGUAA